UCAAAACAAUUUCGCGUCCCCCCUGUUAUCCAAUAGGAGCUGAAGCUGAGCUCUGUUUGUAACUCGGACACGGGUCGUUUCGUUUCUGCUACAGCUGCCCCUCCUGCGCCCCGAGAUGCCCGAGGGCCCCGAGCUGCACAUGGCCAGCCAGUUCGUGAACCGGGUGUGUGGGGGCGUGGUGUUCUCGGGGGCGGUGGAGAAGUCGGAGGUCAGCAAGAACCCCGAGGUGCCCUUCGCCUGCACUGCCUACCGCAUCUCGGCCGUCUCCCGGGGGAAGGAGGUGCGGCUCACCUUGACGCCCAUCAAGGACGAGGGCGCCGAGGGGGGGGGCGGCAAGCCCAUGGAUAUUGUUUUCCGGUUCGGAAUGUCGGGAUUCUUCCGUUACACGGCGCAGGACGAGCUGCCAAAGCAUGCCCAUCUGCGCUUCUACACCAAGGAAAAACCAGGGAAGGUGCUGUCCUUUGUGGAUAUCAGAAGGUUUGGCAGCUGGGAGCCCAAUGGGACCUGGCAGGCGGAGAGGGGUCCCUGCGUCAUGUUUGAGUACCAGAGCUUCAGGGACAACGUGUUGUCGAACCUCUCAGACCGUGCGUUUGACAAGCCCAUCUGUGAAGCCUUACUGAACCAGAAAUACUUCAAUGGGAUUGGGAACUACUUGCGAGCAGAAAUCCUGUACAGGUUAAAGAUCCCCCCCUUUGUGAAGGCGCGGACUGUCCUGGAGGGACUGCUGCCGAGGGACUAUGCUGAGCUGGAUGUGAAGCCUGUCAAAGGAGGGUGUGCAUCCCCUCAGAGCCCAGAGAUAAGUCUGAGCAAGAAGGUGAAGCUGAAAAGGGAGAGCCCAGACCUCCUCAACCUGUGCCACACCGUGCCUCUGGAAGUCAUUCAGAUAGGGGGAAAGGGGUAUGACCCAGAGAAAGCAGAUUACUCUGACUUUGAGGCGUGGCUCCAGUGUUACUACGUCUCAGGAAUGAAGUCCCUGAGGGAUCACAAUGGCAGGACAAUGUGGUUCCAGGGAGAUCCUGGUCCCAUGGCACCCAAAGCCUCCAAAUCUCCCAAAGCCAAGAAGAGAGCUAAGAAAACAGGAGAUGGCGAGAAUGAUGCACAGGUGGUCCAAGAGAAGGAGCCAGCCAAGAAGGUCAAAGAGGAAAAGGAGUCGAAGAGGAAGCAGAGGAGGAAGGGGAAAGAGGUCCAGAGUGAUCGGGGAACGCCCUCACCAGUGCCGAAGAGGAAGAUGAGUCAGAGCAGGAAGACUCCCACAGCUGGGCAGGCAGUUUCAAAGAAGCGAAUCAGAAAGUCGUCCCGAGCCAGUGCUAAACAAACCAGCUAAACCAGUCCAAGGGACAAGAGGUCCGAGUGACUCAAGUGAGCUACCGCCAGAGCUACUAUAAUGGAAGCUUUUUUAACGCUGGAUAUUUUUAAUAAAAUUGGUAUUUUAAAAUUGAUAAAAUUUGAAGCAAACAUUAAUAAAAAAAAGUAUAUUUUUAUUCUGGGUGGUUCCUUUUUGUGCUGAAUUUUACUGGAAAUGUAUAUUGCACAUGUUCAAUCAAUUUACUCAUAUUAAUAGUCAGUAUUACAGUUUAAUUAAGAAUUCAUUAAAAUAAUUUGUUUAGAACAUUAAGUAAGAAGGGAAGGACCUUUCUGAAGAGCCCCCAUAAAUGUACUACCUAGCAUAUUUGGAAAUAAUUAGAAAAUACAAUUGUCUUUUUACAUACAUUAUAAUAUUACAAACCAUUUAAAAGAUUGACAACUCUAUUAUUACUUAAGGUUUUCU